UCAUAGAACAUACAAGCACGCGGAGGUAUCGCCGCACGCAGAGUCGUCCACUACCACUUUUCAUAUAAUCCAGACGAUGAGAGUGAGGAAAACACAACAUUAUCCCGUUUCCGCCAACAAAAUAUUUAGAGACAUAAUGUUCCGGGCUUGAAGAUGGAUGUGACCUGCUCUGGGAAAACGGACCUCGGAUCAUUCAGUUUGUGGAGUUUUACUGGUAGUUUUGUCAGUUAUAAACUACAGGUAAUCUGGACGGAUACAGAUUUCAGAUUCGCCUCGAAAACAACACGAAGCUCUAUGGGCCAUGCUGUCUCCAAUGUACGCAGACAGCUCAGUGAUCAUGGACAGAGCGCCGCCCUUGUGGCAGAAAGGGAGAGUGCAGCCACAGGGCCCCAGACUCCGCUCUCAUCCUCCCACCAGUGGGAGCAGUGUUUGUGCCAACCCCACCUACUUCCAUACCGUGUAUGACAUGCGUGAUGAAACAUGCCAAGAUGAGUCUUUGGACUACAGCAAGUCUAAUGGAGGAGAGACCGUGGCGAUGGAUGGAUCGCUUUACUCUUUGAUGCCCAAUGAUUCCCUGGUGCCACCUGUCAGGAGGAGAGGAGGACUUGUGGAUCACCGUGAUGUCAUUAAAGCGCACCAGUCACAUAAGUUACAGAGCACACCACAAGCCCGUCGUAAACAAUGGGAAAUGGCUCGGUUCGGAGACGAAGUGCCGUCCAGGUACGGCGGCGGGAGCUCCGGUCAGGGGGGACCCGGCCGAGGCGGCAGCAGGCAAGGCGGCCCGCCAGGGGCCCAGAGGAUGUACAAGCAAUCGAUGGCCCAGAGAGCCCGGACCAUGGCCCUUUACAACCCGAUCCCGGUCCGACAGAACUGCCUGACGGUCAACCGGUCUCUGUUUCUCUUCAGUGAGGACAACUUAGUGAGAAAAUACGCCAAAAAGAUCACCGAAUGGCCUCCGUUUGAGUGGAUGAUUUUGACCACCAUCAUUGCCAACUGCAUCGUACUGGCUCUUGAACAACACUUACCAGAUGGAGACAAAACUCCGCUGUCAGAACGACUGGACGACACAGAGCCGUAUUUUAUUGCUAUUUUCUGUUUUGAGUCUGGCAUUAAGAUUCUGGCACUAGGAUUUGCCUUUCACAAGGGGUCCUAUCUAAGAAACGGUUGGAACGUGAUGGACUUUGUAGUGGUGCUCACAGGUAUACUUUCCUCCGUGGGGUCAGAAUUAGAUCUGCGGACAUUGCGAGCAGUCAGAGUGUUGAGGCCCCUAAAAUUAGUGUCAGGAAUUCCAAGCCUGCAAGUGGUGCUGAAGUCCAUUAUGAAGGCCAUGAUACCACUGCUACAGAUCGGCGUGCUCUUGUUUGUGGCCAUUCUGAUGUUUGCCAUCAUUGGCCUGGAAUUCUACAUGGGUAUCUUCCACAAAACCUGCUAUGACAGCAUCACAGGUGAGAUUUUUGACGAACAGCCCUGUGGUGAGCAGCUGCCCGCUCGUGUAUGUCCGAAUGGGACGAAGUGUGACGGCCCCUGGGAAGGGCCAAACUACGGCAUCACGCAGUUUGACAACGUCCUCUUUGCCGUGCUCACUGUUUUUCAGUGUAUCACCAUGGAGGGUUGGACUGAUAUGCUUUAUUACAGUAAUGAUGCCUUAGGCAGUGCCUGGAAUUGGAUGUACUUUGUUCCCCUCAUCAUCAUCGGAUCCUUCUUCAUGCUCAAUCUAGUGUUGGGUGUCCUCUCUGGUGAGUUUGCUAAAGAGAGAGAGCGUGUGGAGAACAGAAGUGAGUUUCUCAAACUCAGACGUCAGCAGCAGAUUGAGAGAGAGCUCAACGGGUAUCUGGAGUGGAUCUGCAAAGCAGAGGAGGUCAUACUUGCUGAGGAUGACAAUGGCACUGGUGACCGAUCCCGUCGCAGGCCCACACUAAAGAAAAACAAAGCUGACCUGUUAAAUCCAGAGGAAGGAGAGGACCACAUGGGAGAUGCAGUUGGCUCUCCUUUUGCUCGUGCGAGCAUGAGUGGAAUGGGUGAUGGAACCACAUUUAGCAAGAAAGAACGACGUUUUCGCUUCAUUAUUCGAAAGAUCGUGAAGACGCAGGCUUUCUACUGGACGGUUCUGAGCCUGGUGGGACUCAACACACUGUGUGUGGCUGUCGUACACUAUGAUCAGUCUGAACUACUCUCGGACUUCCUCUAUUAUGCUGAGUUCAUUUUCCUAGGCCUCUUUAUGUCAGAGAUGCUGAUUAAGAUGUACGGACUGGGAACGCGCCCUUAUUUCCACUCCUCAUUCAACUGUUUCGACUGUACCGUCAUUGUUGGCAGCAUAUUCGAGGUGGUCUGGGCCAUGGUGAAGCCGGGGACGUCCUUUGGAAUCAGCGUGUUACGAGCUCUGCGUCUGCUUAGGAUCUUCAAAGUCACCAAAUAUUGGGCAUCUCUGCGUAAUCUGGUGGUUUCUCUUUUAAACUCCAUGAAGUCCAUCAUUAGUUUACUUUUCCUUCUCUUCCUCUUUAUCGUUGUCUUCGCACUCCUUGGCAUGCAGCUCUUCGGUGGCCAAUUUAACUUUGACCAGGGCACUCCUCCUACAAACUUUGAUACGUUCCCUGCUGCCAUUAUGACAGUGUUUCAGAUUCUAACAGGUGAGGACUGGAACGUGGUUAUGUAUGAUGGCAUUAAGUCUCAGGGAGGAGUGGACACAGGGAUGGUCUUCUCUGUAUUUUUCAUCGUCCUCACACUUUUUGGCAACUACACACUACUGAAUGUAUUCUUGGCUAUCGCUGUGGACAACCUGGCCAAUGCUCAGGAACUAACUAAGGAUGAACAGGAGGAAGAAGAGGCCACGACUCAAAAGAUUGCUCUACAGAAAGCGAAAGAAGUAGCGGAGGUCAGCCCGCUGUCUGCUGCCAACCUCUCGAUCGCUGCACUAAAAUCUGAUCGUAUCGAUGCCACAGACAGUUUACUGAACUGUAGAGAGCAGCAGAAGAACUCAAAGGUUUCCAAGUCGGUCUGGGAACAGCGCACGAGUGAGAUCCGCAGACAGAAUCUGAUGACCAGCAGAGAGGCUCUCUACAAUGAACUUGAUGCAGAAGAUCACUGGAAGAUUAAUUACCGCAACCGUCCUGACAUGAAGACCCACUUGGACCGGCCCCUGGUCGUCAAUCCUCAAGAGAACCGGAACAAUAACACCAACAAGACCCGGCCCGGUGAACCAGACCUGAACCAGCCCAGAUAUCACCACCAUCAUCAUCGCCACACCCACUCCAGCCGCCAGUCCCUCCACCACCCAGAGCUGGUGGAUGCAGGGUAUGAUUGUGCCCAGAGAGGAGGGGAGGAUGCAGAGGGCGUGGCAGAGCACCGGCGCCCCCGACACCAUCAGCAUAGAAGAAGGGAUGAAGAUGGAGGAAGAAGACACAGAGAACACCACAGCAGAGGUGAAGAGCUAGGAGGAGAGGGUGGGGAGGGGCUGGAGAAGAAGCAGAGGAGGCAUCGCCAUGGAAACCACGGGGAUGGAGACGGAAGGAGGGAUAGGGAACGGAGUCGACACCAUCGAGUGAGAAAAGAGUGUAGUUUAUCAGCGGCUCGUCCGGUUCCGCCGGGUUUUCCACACGGAGAGAGCCAGUACAGUGAGAACCUGGAUAACCUGCGCAACAGCAGCAAGAUGGCCAUCCACGACCCUGACCCUGACCUCUAUGACCCAUACUGUGAUCCAGAGCAGACCAAUAACCUGCUGAACCUGCAAGGACCAGAUCUCCAUGACACCAGUCUCAUUCUAACAGACUCCACCAAAACCUCCAGCAAACUGGACCACACUGCCGUAGAUAUGCCCCCGAUUUACCCCUCAGUUAAUGCCAAAUUACAGGUGAAUAAGAACGCCAAUACAGAACCUGCUAAGCAAGGCGAGAAGAAAGAAGAGGAGGAAGACAAUGGUGGUGAUGAAGAUGGACCCAAACCGAUUCCUCCCUUCAGUUCGUGUUUUAUACUAUCCACCACUAACCCGUUCAGGAGAUGCUGUCACUACAUCCUGACACUGAGAUAUUUUGAGAUGUGUAUUCUGUCAGUCAUUGCCAUGAGCAGUAUCGCUCUAGCAGCAGAAGAUCCAGUGUGGCCCGAAUCACCUCGAAACAAUGUUUUGCGGUAUUUUGACUAUGUCUUCACUGGUGUGUUUACCUUUGAGAUGCUCAUCAAGAUGGUGGUCUUAGGGAUGGUUUUGCACGAGGGCUCAUAUUUUCGUGACCUGUGGAACUUUCUGGACUUUGUAGUGGUUAGUGGUGCCCUGGUAGCCUUUGCCUUCACGGGGAGCAGUAAGGGGAAAGAUAUUAGUGUUAUCAAGUCUCUGAGAGUCCUAAGGGUGCUGCGUCCUCUCAAGACCAUCAAACGUCUUCCCAAACUAAAAGCUGUGUUUGACUGUGUAGUAAACUCUCUGAAGAACGUCUUGAACAUCCUUAUUGUCUACAUGCUCUUCAUGUUCAUCUUUGCUGUAGUGGCUGUCCAACUUUUUAAGGGACGAUUCUUCUACUGCACCGAUGAGUCAAAAGAGUUUGAACGUGACUGCCGGGGCGAAUAUUUGGUAUACGAGCGUGAUAAUGAGGUAAAAUCGCAGAGGCGGGAGUGGAAGAAGUACGAUUUUCACUACGACAACGUGCUCUGGGCCCUGCUUACUCUCUUUACUGUGUCCACUGGAGAGGGGUGGCCACAGGUGUUAAAACACUCAGUGGACUCCACUUAUGAGAACCAGGGCCCGAGCCCGGGGUAUCGGAUGGAAAUGUCCAUCUUUUACGUGGUGUACUUCGUUGUCUUCCCCUUCUUCUUCGUAAACAUCUUUGUAGCUCUCAUCAUCAUCACCUUCCAGGAGCAAGGAGACAAGAUGAUGGAGGACUACAGCCUCGAAAAAAAUGAGAGAGCCUGUAUUGAUUUUGCUAUAAAUGCCAAACCUCUGACACGCCACAUGCCGCAAAACAAGCAAAGCUUUCAAUAUCGAAUGUGGCAGUUUGUUGUGUCGCCUCCGUUUGAGUACAGUAUCAUGGCUCUCAUUGCGCUCAACACCAUUGUCCUGAUGAUGAAGUACGAAGGUGCAUCCGAUGGUUAUAAUAAAGUCCUGAAGAACCUGAACAUAGUGUUCACAACACUCUUCUUCAUGGAGUGUAUUCUGAAAAUCAUUGCUUUUGGUGCCCAAAAUUAUUUCCGAGACGCCUGGAAUAUUUUUGAUUUUGUGUCCGUUCUCGGCAGCAUCACAGAUAUUUUAGUGACAGAGCUAGGGAAUAACUUCAUAAACCUGAGUUUUCUGAGACUCUUCCGAGCAGCUCGUCUCAUUAAGCUCUUGAGGCAGGGUGAGACCAUUCGCAUUCUGCUCUGGACCUUCGUUCAGUCCUUUAAGGCUCUGCCAUAUGUGUGCCUACUCAUUGCAAUUCUGUUCUUCAUCUAUGCCAUCAUUGGCAUGCAGUUGUUUGGGAACUUGGCAUUAAUCGAAGAUGACAGUGCAAUCAAUGAACACAAUAACUUCAGAACCUUCAUCAUGGCCCUCAUGCUCCUCUUCAGGAGUGCCACAGGAGAGGCAUGGCAUGAUAUCAUGCUGGCAUGUCUCGGAGGAAUGCCGUGCGAUCCGGAUUCUGGGAAUGAGGCAGAGGAGUGUGGCAGCAACUUCGCCUAUGCUUACUUUGUCUCUUUCAUCUUCCUCUGUUCUUUCCUGAUGCUGAAUCUCUUUGUCGCUGUCAUCAUGGAUAACUUUGAGUACCUGACCAGAGACUCAUCCAUCCUGGGUCCACAUCAUUUGGAUGAGUAUGUCAGGAUAUGGGCGGAGUAUGACCCUGCAGCCUGCGGCAGGAUCAGUUACAGUGAUAUGUAUGAGAUGCUCAGGCACAUGUGUCCACCGCUAGGCCUGGGGAAGAGGUGCCCAGCUCGGGUCGCCUACAAGAGACUGCUGCGUAUGGAUCUACCUGUUGCAGAUGACAACACCGUGCAUUUUAACUCCACACUCAUGGCCUUGAUCCGCACGGCCCUGGACAUCAAAAUUGCCAAGGGAGGCGCUGACAAACACCAGAUGGACGCGGAGCUCCGUAAAGAAAUGAUGGCGAUCUGGCCAAAUCUCUCCCAGAAGAACCUGGAUCUGCUGGUAACGCCACACAAGUCAGCAACAGACCUGACAGUGGGCAAGAUCUAUGCUGCCAUGAUGAUCAUGGAGUAUUACCGGCAGAGCAAAGCCAAAAAGCUGCAGGCGCUUCGAGAGGAGCAGAACCGAACGCCAUUAAUGUUUCAGCGCAUGGAGCCGUCUCCGAACCAUGAAGGGGGGCAGGGGUUGAACGGCCUCCCCGAGUUACCACAGGAACCUGUCAACAGCCUACCUCCAGAGGGCGGAAUGAGUGGGAGCCAAUCGUGGGUGACGUCGCGAGCCCAAGAAAUGUUUCAGAAGUCUGUUCCAGAAAAUUGGAACCCGGAAAGACCGUAUCCCGAGGAUCACCACGACAGCCGCCACAAUCCACAGACUGUAGAAAUGAGAGAGAUUGGGCCUGUUGGGGACGGUUACUCGGACACUGAGCCCUAUCACCCAAUGGAAGGGCAUGGCCGGACCAUCUCCAUGCCACGCCUCUCAGCAGACAACCAAAGUUUGCGUUCUGCAGCGCGACGGAGACACAGGCCGCGAGGAAGUAACCUCAGUACCAUCACUGAUACAAGUCCAAUGCGCCGCUCCACAUCCUCAUUGGUCCAUGGACGUUCAGGGCGAGGCGUGCGACUGGACGAUUACUCUCUGGAGAGGGUGGUGUCAGAGGAGAGUCACCGACACGGCCCGCGAAGGAGAGAUCGAGACAGAGAGAGAGACUGCAGUCACCGCACGUCCGAGAGAUCCCUCACUCGCUAUACAGAUGCAGAUACAGGUCUGGGUACUGAUCUCAGCACCACUACACAGUCAGGUGACCUUCCACCUAAAGAGCGGGGGCGAGCGAAAGACCGCCGUCACCACCAUCAUCAUCAUCACCACCACAGCUCAAUGGAUAAAGAGCGUUUUGGUCACGAGCGUGACUACCAUCGCCAUGCUCACGACAGAUCUGAUCGCCACUGGUCUCGCUCGCCGAGUGAGGGGAGAGGGCACAGACAGGGCAGUAGUUCAGUGAGCGGAAGUCCCGUUCCUUCGACGUCGGGGACCAGCACCCCCCGGCGCGGCCGUCGCCAGCUGCCCCAGACCCCAUCUACACCACGCCCUCACGUCACCUACUCCCCAGCUGUCCGCAAGCCCCUGUACGGCUCCCCGGGACAGGGACGACUCCGCUCCCCAUCUCCGAGACACUUCUCUCCACCGGGUCACGAACCGCCGUACCACCGACCACCCUCCCGCCACGGCUCACCGCAUCACGGGUCGCCCAGGUCACCGCGACACGCAUCCCCUCGCUCCCCCAGGCACGCGUCACCUAGAUCCCCGCGCCACGGCCGCUGGGGCCCACCGCCGGACAGCCUGGAAGGUGAUGGACCGUUCUAUGAUCGGGACUUUGAAUACGAACGCCACCACGAGCCACCCGCCUACGAGCAGAGUUUAUCACAGGGCAACCCUCAUCCACACCCUCGCUCACCAAGGACUGCUCGUCACGGGCCUCCCUCUCACCCGCGCCGUAUGCCUAACGGCUACCGCUCCUCCUCGCCCUCCCCGCACCGGCGCGGCCCCCACCCAGGCCCACACCGGCCGCCACAUGGCCGUGGGCCCCGGAAGGGGUUGCACGAACCCUAUAGCGAGACGGACGAGGAUGAUUGGUGUUAGCGCACAGGGUGACCGGAAGGGGGCGCCGCUCACCGUAUGCCAACUCACAUCGAGAUGUUUAUGCACAGCAUCAGGGAGAGGGGGGGUGGAGGGGGAAAUAGAGGACAGUAAAAACACACUAAUCACAUGGAUGGAUGACGUGUGUGACACUGUGAGACUCUUAACCGUGGGGUUGUGGAGGUGAAGGCUCUAACUACAGCACCCCUACUUCCUCUCUCUCUCCCUAUUGCUUUCUCCUGCUCUCUGGACUGCAUUUCCCAUGAUGCUCAGCAUGCAAGGGAAUGUUUAUGGGGGCAUACGAGAAAUUCGGUGGGGUGGGGCAGAUCGUGGUGUCUUGAUGGACUAAGCUUUAAAGAUCAGUGUUGCUGUUUUUCAAGGCUCCCCCCAGACUGUGCAAGACCAAUGCGAUUUUCGCUGAUGGAAAUAAAGAGGAGCCGAAAUAACCUCCUCUCCGUUGAUCAAAAAAAAGGAAUUUUAAAAACCAAGCCAGAACCCUGUUUUUCCUAACAUCUAUGCCUCUUGAAAAGACCCAGAAUAGACCCAAAUAAGAGACUUUAAAAGAAAAAGCAAGUGCUCUUGUAAAUGAGAGCUCUACCUACUGCAAAACCAGCCCCAUGUGCUGGCUGAUAUCGAUGAGUUUUAUCAUCUACGUUUACUGUUACCAACUCAAGAUGCUGAGUGACCUCAUCACCUGGGGGAGGGGUUAACCGUAAAGAGGCGUGACGUAUAAAAGGACCCAGUGCAGGCAAGAGGAGGCGGUGGGCGUGGUGUAUCAAAACCCCGCCCACAAACUGCCACUCAGUCCUGUCGAGGAAGAUACAGCGAAAGAUGAGGGAGGCACGGACAAUUUCCUCUUCAGAAUGUCUUCAAUUGAUUAAUUCUUCUUUUUGAACAUUUGGAGCUUGGUUAUUCUGUUGCAUUUGCUCAGCUUUCUUUGAUAUUUUUGGACUAAAUCUGAUGGAAACUUGCAUGAUUGAUUUAAAAAAAUAUAUAUACAUAUAUAAAUAUAUAUAUAUAUCAGACAGAAGAUUUACUGUGGGAAUGGGGGGGUGAUAGCUCUCUUUUUUUCCAUUACGUUGGAGGAAGUUCUUUCUCUCGGUUUCUCCCUGUUGCUCCUGCCGUGUCUGUAGAUCUUUAUGUGCAGACGGAGUUUCUAGAUGUAGGAAGACCUUUCUAGGUAGAGACACAAAUCUGAAGAUAUUUUCUAUGUUCUGUCCUGACUGAGGAUCCCAGAUAAUGCUCUGCACUGUUUAUUAUUACCUUGGAUUGCACUACAAACGAGCCUGAAUUGUCGAACCUCCCUUGUUACGGCUCUGUCGGCCAUGGCUGCGAACAGAGAGAGAACCAGGGGGAGAGAAACUCUUCUUUCUAAAGGCUUAAUUUACUAUUGUCAGUAACAAUAGUCGUAUAAUGAUGAAAAAUCCUAAUGCAAUUGAUGAAGAUGAUAAGUGAUGCUGAUGAAGAUAGAGGUGGUCAUGUGACUUUGUCGUCUUGUUUUUGAAAGUUUUGUCUAUUGUGGCCAACUCUAUUUUUAUUUUUAUUUUGGUUCUUUUCAACACUGGUUGAAGUUUAAAAAUGGGUGCGUUCCCAACAGCAUCCUGAAGUUUACUUACUUGUGACCUCGGCUUAGCAGAAUAUUCCUAUCUGUGGUAAAUUGUUGUUUGGGUCGGAACGUUUAAAAAGAUGAGAGUUGGGCCAUUCAGGAGACCCUCGGACCGUUUUUGUAUCGAGUUUUGUUACGUAACGACAAACUGGCACUGAAAAUCAGGGUUCAUUUCAUUUUCUUUUUUUAACAGUCUAGACAAGAGCAGUUUUAUUGAGGGUCGGUUUACCCCCUGAAUUAUAAUUUCACAGACGUAGAGUUAGUGCAAAGUAGUAUUUUGGGUGAUGUUGUUUACUCUUUGUCCACUAUGUGGUGCUGUUGCGCAGCUUUAGCCUGGCUAGACUACAGACAAAAGCAGUCCCUUAUGAAAAAGGGCGCUGUUACUUUUUGCAAAGCGUCCUGAAACAGAGGGCGCUAUCACGUCUGUCCCGAAAGGUCAUGUAGCGGGUUAAGGGAUGUCCGUCAAAGCUUGCGUUUGACAGUAGUUUUUUUGAGAAGUUUGACCUGAGGUCUAGGUAGUGUAUCUUUGAUAAGUAACUGGAAAUGUUGUUUUGACCCUGCCUUCCUGUUCCCUACCAUGGGCAACUUGUAUGUCUUUGGCUGCCUGCUCAAUCUGAGACCCUCCUCCCCUUUCUGCUCAGGAUACAAUACAGCCAAACGUAUUUCUCACGGGGGUGUAGAGGUGCUGCCUGUUCAGCUUUCCCUAUACUGUCCAACUGACAAACCCAUCCCAGAAAAGUUUUGAAGGACCACUUCAUUCAUAAAUCCCCUGUUACAGGUUUCUGUAUGUCAAUGUAGAUGACUUCAAGCAGAUCUCAUUUAUUUUUAUUUAAAAAAUUAGCUUUUAUGGAGAAAUGCAAAUAUACAUCUUGAAAGUAUUUAAUUAGAAAUGUCCGAGCUUAGUUUAAGGUGCUGUUGAGAUCUUUUCUGAAACUCUAAAGGAGACACAAGAAAGAUUUUUUUUCUUCAAGCAUCUCUAUUUACUCUCCAUUCAGUCUGUUUAGGAGAAACUAUUAGAUAGUUUAAGAUCAGACAUUCAUUUGACAUAAAACAGCAUAAAAAUAUUCUCUAGAUUUUUACAAAAACUACAUCCACCCCAUCAAGUCAGUUGGGCAGUGCUGUUUCCAUGCAUGUUUUACUACUGUUUUGUCCCAGAAUCUGAUUAAAUCCCCAACACAGGGGCUCUGAAUUUUACACCUUUUUUAAACGGUUUGCCAAAACAUAUUUAAGAACUUAAGGGAGGAAACCACUGUUCCGUUAUCUUGGUGUCGAUGUUUGGCCCACAUUUAUCCGCAGCAGGCCCCCGGUUUGCCCCUGGUUUGAUGCCCAUGGGUCCAGAUGAACCUGCAGAGCCACAGUGCCUUCUGUUCUGGUGUCGCACACUAACCCGUCCCCUGCCUCUCGUACCCCUGUCCCCUCUCUCUCUUUUCUCUCGUUUUUCUCUUCUCUCUCUCUCUCUCAAUGUGAUGGACUCAGUCACACUACGCCUUAACAAGUCCCCACGUCUGCGCUGUCUGCUGGGCUUUUUCAAGACAGGGAGGCACGGUUAUACGAUGGGGGGAAUCCCGGUUACUCUGAGAGUAAUGAGGGGAAAUGACAAGCAAGUAUUGUCAGGGUGUCCAUCUUGGCUCUGUCUCUUUGCAAUGCUUCCUCAAGCGGACAGCAGCCGUUUCUGAUUCGUCUCACCCUGCUUGUUCAGAGAGUUGCAUCGAAUAUCGAAGGGAUUGUUGUACUUUCUCAGGUCUUUAGCAAAAGGACAGGAAGGCUUGUUUUUGUCAGGCAUGAGCGAUAGUUAGACCUUUUGCAUGGUUAAUAUAUCCCCAUUCAGAGGUUCUCUUGGUCUUGUAUUCUUUUUUGCCCAAAACACUUGAAAAUCUGCUCCAUUUUUGCUCAAGAUCUAUGAUAUGAUUUUAACAAUAGAUGGCACAUGGCAACAAUUUUUAAGAGGUGCACCAUUCUUUGGCUCUGCUUGUUCAUCAGUUUCGGUUCUGACCCUCUUUUGCUCUCAGCUUCAUUGCCUUUUUGGUUGUUUUUGACUCGCAUGUGUUCAUUUUCUGUGCCAACAGAAAACCGUUUUCUGUUUGCAACACUAUCUAAAGUGAACCAUCUCAAAUGACAUGUUUGCGUUCGAGCAUGUGUUUUGUUUCGUCUUAAUGAAGCAGCCUGUAUUCUAUUUGGUUUGUUUUACACAAAAUAAGGGCUUUCCUACAACGGUCGAGUGCUGCCAAAACAUGUCACCCUCUAUGUAGCUACACCACUUCUCGUGGACUCCCUUUGUACAGAACAACAUGUGUGUGCAUGCUAAUGUGUGAGGGGGGAACUGAAGUAACGGGAAGGGGAUCGUUUUUUCCCGUACGUAUGAGAGAAAGAACUUUAGGCACAGCCGUGCACAGGCAUCGUGCAUGCCAAAAUAAGUAGUUAUAUAAAUACGGGAUAUAAAUCGUCAUUUUGCAGUAUUUCAGUGCUGGGUUUGCCAAUCCAUUUCUGCUCAGCAUCUACCAUAGCAUAUUUCAUUAUCACCUUCCCAUGCCAAGAUAAGGAGUUGUCAUCCUCACAUGGAGCGAAGAUCAGAAGGGUUGGGUUCAUCUGUGUGACAGUGGGGGAAAAGUCCUCUGCGAGCAUGUAUGCGUGUGCCUGCGAGCUGAUUUGAAGGCAAAUUGUUUUAUAGUGCCUUACAAUGAACAGUUCAAGAUUUUCAAUCGCAGUUAUACGACCGCAGAUACCAAGCCAUGGCAAGGCAAAGAGGGUCAGUUGUUUAAAUAUCAUCAUGUUUGUACCUGUCUAACCAUGUUAGUCCACCUUGUUUAGGUCAUCAGUGAUUUUGUUGGACCUAUCACAUCUCUAUCUCUUCUGUAACUCUUGUAUAUCUCAUUCAUAAACUUCCUGCAGUAUCCUGUGUGUCCAUCUUCUUUUCUUAAGCUUUGCGUUGUUUCUUUAUGUUUGAAUUUCUCAUCCAAAUCCUAUUGUUCUUUAUUCAUGUCAAGAUUUCAUACACGUCUGAUCUGCUAGAUUUAUGAGAUUUAUUCUAACAAAGUAUCUAAAAAUAGUAUUAUUUUCCUAUGAAAAGCUUUAAUGGUAAAAUAAUAAUGCUUAACGACUAAAUAAAUGACACAUACACAUCAAUACAUACUACACAUUUAAUUGCACCUAAAAGAAUAUGUAGCAGUUCACGAAAUACUAAAAAACAAUGAGUCUUGCGGUCCUUUAAACAGGAAGUGGAUCGCGAGACAGGAAGUGGAUCUCGCUGUCGUCAGCAGUAGCGUGUUUUUACGGCACUUGUUGUUUGUGUCAAAGGGGAAAUAAGCGUGUGCGAAUGUGUGAGUACUGUAUGUGGGAAGUAACUGCAAGUGUGCAGCCACUGUCACCCAUGACACCCAUAAACCCAUCCCAUCUUUCCUUAAUUACCCAUUAUUCCACCCGUCAUUCACACACUACUAACCUGAACCAUUUAGAAGCAAAAGAGGAGGUUUAUAGAGAAAAAAAAAUGGCCAUGAAAUAGAGAGGUAUUUAAUUACUGAUUUGCAUGUGCGAUGUGCAUGCCACUAUGUGGGUUAACAAGUCAACUUCAGGAAUUAUAAAAUAUAAAAAGAAAUAUAAAGAAAAGAGUAUAUAUGUAUAAAUAUAUAAAUAUAGAUAGAUGUUUUUAUGAGCAACGUGUUACUUUUUUCUUCUAUUUUUAAAAACAGAAAAGACAAAAAAGAGUGACGAGAGGAAAAAAAUACAAGAGAUAUUAAAUCAGUGAUGAAUAAAAAUCAUCGAAUGUUUGUUUCUAUUGCCAACUGUUCUCUAGAAUCAUGAGUGAGGUGAGCACACGACAUGCUGUGGAAAUGUAUUACAGAAUUUUUUAAAAAAUUGAAAAGAUAUCCAGUAGCUCUCGGUUGUGAGAAACUGCACAUCGAUCUGAUUAAAAAGAAUUCCAAAACCCUUUUGCUGAUGUUGAACUGUGAAAGAGGCUGCCUGAACCUGGUGAUGUUACACAUUUAUUCUGGCUAUGAAAAAAUCCCCUUUUUCUCUUCCUCUAUCUCUCUGUCUCUCUGCUAUUUCUACCAGUGCAUUUUGUAAUUCCAAACAGAACUCUUCCUAAAGAACCUGAAUAAAAAACAGAGAGAAUGCAUUCUAA